UGCUAAAAAGAAGAAGAUGGCUGAUAAAAUUCUACCUCAGAGGAUUCGUGAACUUGUACCUGAGUCUCAGGCCUACAUGGACCUUCUGGCCUUUGAAAGGAAAUUGGACCAGACCAUCAUGAGGAAGCGCUUGGAUAUCCAGGAGGCUUUGAAGAGACCCAUUAAGCAAAAACGAAAGCUGCGUAUUUUUAUCUCCAAUACCUUCAAUCCAGCCAAGUCAGACGCGGAGGAUGGGGAAGGGACAGUGGCCUCCUGGGAGCUCCGGGUGGAAGGACGGCUGCUGGAAGAUUCUGCUUUGUCCAAAUAUGAUGCCACCAAGCAGAAAAGAAAGUUCUCAUCCUUCUUUAAAUCUCUGGUCAUUGAACUUGAUAAAGACCUGUAUGGCCCUGACAAUCACCUAGUAGAGUGGCACAGGACUGCUACAACUCAGGAGACAGAUGGCUUUCAGGUGAAGAGGCCAGGAGAUGUAAAUGUGCGCUGUACCGUCCUCCUGAUGCUGGAUUACCAGCCUCCGCAGUUCAAACUGGAUCCUCGCUUGGCUCGUCUCUUGGGGAUUCACACCCAGACCCGGCCAGUGAUCAUCCAGGCACUGUGGCAGUAUAUCAAGACCCACAAGCUCCAGGACCCUCACGAGAGGGAAUAUGUCAUCUGUGACAAAUACCUCCAGCAGAUAUUUGAAUCCCAGCGGAUGAAGUUCUCCGAGAUCCCACAAAGGCUUCAUGCAUUGCUUAUGCCCCCAGAGCCGAUCAUCAUCAAUCAUGUGAUCAGUGUUGACCCAAACGACCAGAAGAAAACAGCUUGCUAUGACAUUGAUGUGGAGGUGGAUGAUACCUUGAAAACUCAGAUGAAUUCCUUUCUGCUAUCCACAGCCAGUCAACAGGAAAUUGCUGCUCUGGAUAACAAGAUCCAUGAAACAAUAGAGACAAUUAACCAGCUGAAGACCCAGCGGGAGUUCAUGCUGAGCUUUGCCCGAGAUCCUCAGGGCUUCAUCAACGACUGGCUCCAGUCCCAGUGCCGGGAUUUAAAGACAAUGACUGAUGUUGUUGGGAAUCCGGAAGAGGAGCGUAGAGCCGAGUUCUACUUCCAGCCGUGGGCUCAGGAAGCUGUGUGCAGAUACUUCUACUCCAAGGUGCAGCAGAGACGGCAGGAACUGGAGCAGGCCCUGGGAAUCCGUAACACAUAGAUGCUCUGCUCCUCCCCACCAGAA